AUGGUUGCCCCUACAGCAGCCCAGCCCGUCGCGGCUGUCAAGCCCCAGAAAAAGGACAAGAAGAACAACAAUGUCGCUGUCGAAGGCGCUGCCGCCGACGCUGCUGACGCCGACGCCGUAGCUGAGGCCCUCGAUGGCGCCGCUGCUGGCUUGACGGAUCGCAAGCGUGAGAAGAAGGACCGCAAGGAGGCCGAACGUCUCGAGCGCGAGCAGGCCGAGAAGGAUGCUGCCACCGUCGCCGCUGCCUCGGCUGCUCAGGCUGUUUCGGCCGUCGCGUCCGCCACGCGUCUUCCCAUCGACCCUUCCCUCGAUGGCUCGAUCGCAGUUGCUGAGACCACCGCGCUUGCUCCUGCGGUGGCUGCUCCCGAGCAGACCGCCGUCGCCCAGCCCACCCAGGCCGCUGUCAACGCGACCGCCCCCGCCGUCGGCACCUCUGCUGGCGUCGACCCCAUCACCGGCGAGCCCAUCAAGCGCAAGCGCGGCCGCCCCAAGAAGGACCCCAACGCGCCCUCGGUGCCCAAGAAGCCCAAGCGCGACGCUGGCGAGGGCGGCGAACGACGCGGUCGACGCGCCAAGAUGUCCGAAGAGGCUGCCAUGGAGGAACUCAAGGGCCUCUCGCAGCGCGAGCUCCUCGUCGAACGCGUCUACUCCUCCGACAUGCUCGCCAAGCUCGAGAGGACCAUCGGCCUCAAGUACCAAAAAGGUCGCUUCACCAAGGAGGAGCAGGACACGAUCAAGAAUGGCAUCGCUGAAUUCAUGAAGACUAAGGGUCUCUCCGAGGAUGACUUCCAGGAGCUGCUCUACAACUACCGCGAAAAGGGAUGGGAGAAGAUGUACACCGAGCUCUGGAAGGACCUCGCCGGUCGUCUCGAGGGCCGACCCAACAUCGCGGUGCGUCUGCACGUCAGGACCAACAAGUCGCAGUUCCGUCGACAGGGCCGCUACACGCUCGCCGAGGACUUUGAGAUCCGCCAGCGCAUGGGCGUCAUGCGCGAAGACGCCGCUUCCGUCGCCAAGCGUCUGGGCCGUCUGAACCAGGAUGUGCUCUCGCGCUUCGUCAAGCUGCAGGUCAAGGACGAGAUGGCCGAUGGUCCCACCUGGACCGCCGACGAGGACAAGGCAGUGCUCGCCGCUCUCGAGCAGUACAAGCAGGAGCACCCGGGCGAGGUCAUCUCGUGGAAGGCCAUCGCCAACAUGAUGGGCAACAAGCGAAGCUACAAGGUCUACUCGAACCUCUUCUCCAACAUCCGAUCGCGCGUCGACCGCAGCGGCACCAACCCGAGGCGCGACUACGGCACCGUGGGAGAGGAUGGCGAUGCCGACGCUUCGCAGCAGGCCGUCCGCGGGAUUCAGCGUCACCCCACGCGUGCCGAGCUCGACAACAGCGUGUGGAUUCCCGGUGAGGACGACCUGAUCCUGCUGCAGCGCCUCAACUUCCAGGACAGCAUCAGCGAGGCCUCGGUGCGAUGGGCCGAUCUCUCGUUCGAAUCGUGGUCGUGGCCCGAAGAGACGCUCAAGCAGCAGUUUGCGCAGAUCAAGUCGCGCUACCUGCCCGAAGGCUGGAGCGGCGGCUGGCAGGAGUCGCUCGACAAGAUCAUCCGCACCAUCCGCACGCGUCGCACCAAGAAGGAGAUCGACGACGAGGGUGAGGACCAGCGCGCCUCGGGUGAUGCGCAGGCCGAGGCUGGCGUCGAGGCUGAGACUUCGGCUGCUGGUGCCGCUGCCGCUGCUGCUGCUCCUGUUGCGGCGGCGGUGCCCGAACCCGCGGCUGCCGACAUCGACCCAGCUCUGGCUACGGAUGUGAGCCUCGAGCCUGCCUCCGCCACCGUCUGA